AUGGUGACAAAGGCAUAUCUCAUGAUAAUAGUGUCCAGUUUGGUUAUUCUGGUCAACUCGCUUCCAGAAAAUGGCACUUAUAACUAUCGCAACCAAGACCAGUCUGCAAACCGGCUAGUUAUUGCACACUUCAUGAUAGGAAUCACGAGUGAUAGAAGCAGUGCGUCUGAGUAUGACGAUGACAUGAAGCGAGCCAGCUCGCUUGGCAUCGAUGCCUUUGCACUCAAUAUCGGUCUCGAUCCAUAUAGUGAUCAACAGUUACAACUCGCGUAUGCGUCGGCUGCUCGGAACUCCAUGAAGGUAUUUCUCUCCUUUGACUUUAAUUGGUGGCACAAGGGACCAGUCCAGGAGAUCGGCCAAAAGAUUGCUCAAUACGCUAGCCUAUCAGCUCAGUUGAUGAUAGAUGAUAAGAUAUUUGUGUCUACUUUUGCUGGAGAUGACUUAGAUGUUGCAGCUCUUUGGGCCUCCGUUGGCAAGCCGAUAUUCUUCGCGCCUAAUUUCCACCCGUCCUAUGGGACGAACACUUCGGUUUCGGCUGUGGACGGCCUUUUGAACUGGAUGGCGUGGCCUGAUAAUGGCCGAAAUAAGGCUCCUACGUCUACCCAAAAUAUCUCUGUCGCAGAUGGCGAUCGUGCAUAUAUAAACGCCUUAGGUGGAAAGGCAUACGUUGCGCCAUUAGGACCUCGUUUUGUUGAGAUCGUGACAUGGAAUGAUUACGGUGAAUCUCAUUAUAUUGGACCGCUUCAAUCUCAACACACCGAUGAUGGGGCAUCUAAAUGGGUUAAUGACAUGCCUCAUGAUGGGUGGCUUGAUAUGGCUAAGCCGUUUAUCGCGGCGUCCAAAGCCGGUACAUCAUCGUUAACGAUUAAAUCUGAUCAGCUUAUCUACUGGUAUCGACCGGCUCGACGAGAUGUUAAUUGUGACUCGACUGACAUUUGUAUGGUCUCCGCAAAUAAUGCGAGCGGAAACUAUUUCCUUGGGCGACCUGAUGGCUGGGAGCCGAUGGAGGACUCGGUUUUUGUGGUUUCCUUACGUACUGCCCCUACUUCUGUUCACGUUAACAGCGGAGGGAUAGUCUAUAUCUACGAGGCCCCUGCUGGCGCAUCUGUACAGGCGAUUCCUAUGAAUGUUGGAGUCCAAAGCUUCUCUAUCAGCCGUAACGGUCAAGUUGUUCUUUCGGAUACCAGUCUAAAACCUAUCAUCAACAUUUGCGUGUGUGGUCUUUAUAACUUUAAUGCCUAUGGGCUUGCAUGUACAAACUUGCGAGGCAUCACCAUCACUAGGAACGGUACCUCCUACGGCCAGUAUUACCUCGACAACGACGAUUUCUGCCUCUACAACAUCGGCCACGUCUGUCACUACGUGCAGCGCGACGACAUCUACUUUCUCUAG